GACAAGUACAAGAAGUUGGUAAACAGAUACUGAGGAAAUGUGAUGGAGUACCUCUUGCUGUGAGCACCAUAGCUGGUGUGUUAGCAGAUUCAAGAGAUCCAAAAACCGAGUGGCCAUCUUUUCUACAAAAGGGCCUUUCAAGCAUCAAUAAAGAAGAUGAUCCUAUUAUGUUAGCCCUCCGACUCAGCUUCAAUCAUCUUCCUCCCCAUAUGAAAAAUUGCUUUGCUUACUGAAAGUUGUUCCCGAAGGUUUUUGAAUUUGACAUUCAGAUGUUGGUUCAGUUUUGGGUGAUACAGUACAUUGAGUUGGAAGAUGAAGGCUUUGAUUUCUUCAAAACGUUAUGGUGGAGGUCUUUCUUCCAGGAGGUGGUGAUUGACGAGUUGGGAAACAUGUCAACAUGCAGAAUGCAUGAUCUGAUGCACGACUUAGUUGAUUCAAUAACGAGAGAAAAGAUUACAAGGAGUUCAAGUUCAGCUGCUCUGAAAGAUAUUCCGUCGAAGACUCGUCACUUGGCACUAUUUGAAGGUGGUGAUGAUGAUCAGGGUACAGAAGCUGACAAUGAAGGAUUAGCAACUGCAAGCAGGGUGCGGACUCUGAUAUGUUUCAAGUCUCUUUCAAGAGAAGAACUCGAACAAGUCUUUCACAACUUACUAUGCUUGCGAGUAUUGGCAACAGCUGAAGAAUAUUCAGAAUUUUCAGACUCAGAUAGUGAAGAAGGUUCAGCCUUGGAUGCUUCCAUGUUGCAUUUUGUUGAUAAGCUGAAGCAUUUGAGAUAUCUUGGUGUCGAUUGCUAUGGAAUGGAAAUGCUUCCAGAAUCAGUUACCAACUUAGUUAAUCUACAAGUGCUUAACAUCAGUGGUUGCCACUUGCUAAAAGAGCUACCAAAGGAUAUUAAGAAGCUUGUUAAUUUGAAGCAUCUUAUCUUCGACCCUGAUCAGUUGGAUUGUUUCAGCCAUAUGCCAAAAGGGAUUGGGGAGUUGAAGUCCCUUCAAACUUUACCAACUUUUAUGGUGGGCAGUAGGAGCACUGGUAGUAAUGACAAAAGGAUCGGGGCAGGGUUGGAUGAGUUGAACGGAUUGAAUGCCUUGCGUGGAAAGUUGAUUAUCACAAAUUUGGGGAACGCUGAGUCUCCGGGCAAAGACGUUUAUGUCUUGAAGGAGAAACAACAUCUUAAAUCCCUUGUCUUAGAAUACAGCCGAGGCUCUGGUAUUACUUUUACAUCUGCUGAUGAACAAGAGAUUUUGGAAAUAAUCUGCCCGCAACCUAAUCUGAAGAAAUUGGUUGUAAGUGGUGCUUAUUAUGGAAUCAUGAAGUUUCCCAAGUGGUUGUCGAGCUCUCGUCAAUAUAGUUGAGCUCUCACUGGAAAAAUUCAACCAAUGUGAGUUCCUGCCCCCAUUAGAUAAACUAUCGUGUUUGAAGAAACCUGAAAUAAAGAACUGUCCAAAACUAAAUGGCACCCAAGAUAAUGGGAUUAGUGGUGAUGAUAGUGAUACUCCCCUAAAAAAUUCGACAAUGGAGGAAGAGGAUGACCACUGGCCCCGGUUUCAUUGUCUUGCCUAUCUAUACAUCCAAGACUGCCCAAAGUUAACACUGAUGCCCACUUCCCAACUGUUGAAGGGGAGUUGAAGUUGAUCAGGGAGAGCUUUCAACCACUAGCGAGGACGAUGAAGAUGAAGAUGAGGAGAGGAGGAGGAGAUGGUGGUUUUGAUUAUUCAGAUGAAUACACCAACACCACAGAUGAUGAAUAUGACAAAACAAAUACUGCUCUUCUUCCUUGUUCUUCUUCUUCUUCAUCUCCCAUGGUCCACCCACUACCUAAGCUGACAAAGUUGAAAUUAGAAGCAAUGGAUGAUCUUGAAUAUAUUUCCAGCGAAUGUCUCAAUUCUCUUCAAGAGUUAUGUGUUACGGAUUGUAGCCUAGGUUACAAUAAAAAGAAGAAGAAUUGUCCCCUAGGUGUGAAGCUACCAAGUUCAUUGUGUCCCAGUAUGAGCCUGACAAAGAUAAGAAUAGGGGGGUGUGCGAUAAUAGAGUUCCUGCCCCCCUUGCAUAAUCUCUCAUCUUUGAGGGAGCUAACUAUUGAGUUUUGCCGGGAGUUGAAGGGAUGUUGGUGGAAGAAGAAGAAUGGGAAUAAUGAUGGCAGUGAUGAUGAUUAUUAUUACUAUGACCCUUUAACGAAGGAGGGGGAUGAGGAAUGGCCCCAUUUCCCUUGUCUUUCGAGCUUGAAAAUAGAAAACUGCCCGAACCUAACCCAGAUGCCCCUGUUUCCAACCCUUGAAGGUGAGUUGGUGUUGACUGAAACCGGUGCAGAGGCACUUGUGCGAACAAUGAAGAUGAAAGCAAUGGUUGUAGCUGCUCAUCAUUAUGACUCUCAGCAACAUUCUACUACCAGAACAUCAAUAUCGACAACCACUCCCUCUGUUGCUUCUUCUUUGCUGAGUACGAUAACUGUCGCUCCUCUCUCUAAGUUGACAUAUUUGAGACUCCGAGAGAUGGAUGAGCUGGAACCCCUACCAGCAGAAGGCCUCCCAAACCUCACUUCUCUCCAAGAGUUGACGAUUUGGAAGUGUUCAAGAUUUGCAUCUUUACCCCCAGCGAUGCGACGCCUCACCUCUUUACAAACAUUGAUAAUUAAAGGGUGUAGCCAGUUGCAAGAGCGAUGCAUUAAGGGAGAUGGUGAAGAUUGGCCCAACAUUUCCCAUAUCCCCAACAUAGAACUACUAGGACUGUACGAAGAUACAUUCCAGGAUCCAGGUUGGAGUUCACUAGCUUCUUACUUAUUAGAACCAGCUUAUUCCCUUUCCUUGCCUUUUUCUCCCCCAGCGGUUAGGGGCUAAUGGUCUACAAUGACUUCACGUUUUGCUAGUUGCUCAUUCCCCUCUUCUAUAUGUUCAAUCUCUGCAGGGGACUUCGGCUUCUUGCAAUGGUAGGAGACUGCUCUAUCUUUAAUGCAUGUAAAAUGAUUACUGCUCCGUUGAGCUGUUGAGAAGUGCAGCAGGGGACUGCAACCGGGAACUCAUCAACAAAUUCCAGUUAAUUUAUUGAAAAUAACGUCUCUUUGGCAAGGUGGGCGCUUCUAUAUCAACUCAGUUCUAUUUUUUAAGAACUAAUCAAUCUGCCUUCAAUUUGUGUUUGAUUAGCACUUAAUCGUUCAGGCUUAGAGCCGUGCUUCUUUCAUUAGGUGUGUAAUAAGGACAGUAAAAAACUGAUGUAGAAGGAACAGAUGUCCUUAAAAAAUCACUAUGCUAUCCUUGACUUGUUGUACAGUUAGUUUCUAUUUACUUCUUUUCCUGCUCUUUUUGUGCUUUCCUUUCCGAGGGCAGAAAACCGUCAAACUGCGUUUCAGCAUUAAACAAUAAAAUCGCCUGCUUUUACUUGUGAUAAUUAACAAAUUAGGCAAUGACAUCUCGUAUAAGAUGCUUCUCAGCGCAAAAACUACUGCUAGCAGGAACAAUUUUUCAAUAUUAUCAAGUUAUUAGGGUAUAGCUCCCAUUACAAUUUGUUUGCCCUCUUUGUAUGGCCUUACUUUAUGACGGUAGAAACCCGAUCAUUUUGCAGUCUUACUGUCUGCUUAUUAAAAGCAUGUUCAUGUUUCUUGAAUCCAGCUGAGCCGCUUUACAUCAAUGGUGUAGAGAACAUUCUUGGCAAAGGGAAUGCUUUCUCUCAGUUGCAAGAUUGAAGAUGGCAGCGUUGAGGAGGCAACUAAAACUUGGAUUUCUGUUGAUACAGGAUUUCCUUUAUCUAUUAUGCUUAAUCUAGCUGAGAAGUUCUGUGUGUUGGCAGCAAAGAAAUAGAUGAUUAUGCACGAGGAGUUUUUGGAAGGUGCUCACAGCUCUGUGGAGAAGUUGAGUAGAGCAGGGCCAGCCCUGUUAAGAAUUUCAAGUUGGGUUUUCAUUAGUGCUUGGUAGUGGUUUGUGUUGAUGCUGCUUUCUUCAUGCUGGGUUAGGCUGCAAAAGAUGACGAUUGUAGGUCAGAUGGAGGUCAGAUGGGUGGGCGGUUGUUUCCUCCGAUCGAAGCAGAGGUAGAAAAAAAUAGAUGAACAUCAUCAUGCUGCCUUUAUCGAAGUGCUAAGGAAAUGAAGUGGGACAUGACAGUCAUCCCUUCCAAUUAAACUGAAGAGGUAGAAGGAACUAGAUAGAGAGUCACUAAGCUAUUGUCUAGUUCUCUGUUGAGUUUUUGUUCCUUGUUUUAUCUACAUAUAUAGAAAAUCAUAAACGUGCAAAUUUUGGUGGAUAAUAUCAAGUUCUGCUUACGAUGCUUGGACAAAAUUGAGUUCCACCUUUUUGAUGUAGUAACUGAUGAAACUCAUUGGCUUAUUACCAUUCAUUUGAUCGAGUACAGUAAUAUAAGUGCCCGCUUUUUUUAUAGAAUGAAUUUCAGUGUUAUAU